AACAGAAAGCCCAUCACAGUGCAGUCAACAGAUGAAGACAAAAGAGGAUUCUUCUUCAUCUGAGAAACAGAGCAACGAAGGUUCAAGGAAGGUGACUGCUGGUGACUCAUCAUAGCCAGCUGCAUUAGCCGUUUAAGGAUAAGAUUAGCAUCUAGAUCCUUCUUCCUUCCUGUAUAUAACUCUAGUGUAAAACCCUAAUAUAGAUUAGCGAGAAUACAAACAUUUUUCCAAAAAGCUUCAAUCUUUCUAGUCUCCUACAGUCCUUAUAGGUCACGAAUACGAAACACUCUACGGGAGUGUGUGUUAUUAAUCAUUUGGUUUAAUCAAAAGCAUGACGCCGAUUCUUCAACGACAUGCAAAGCGCAUUCUUGCUUGCGGUUACAAGAAUUCUCUGUUCCGUUCCUAUGCAACCCUAUGGUCACCCGAGGCAAGCCAAACUCUGCUUAUUCGGAUCAAAGUGGCUUUUCUUCCUACGCAACCCGUGCUUGAUCAAUGGCAGCAACAGGAGAAACAGUUGUACAUCGGCGGAGGGCUCAUCAAGAAUCUUCGAGAUUCUAAUCCAUUUUCCCAAGAACUCAAGGCAUCAAAAUGUAUGGAUGAAGAAAAGGUGUGUAAUCUGUUUCCGAAAUAUUAUGCAGCUCGGUUUUAUCUGAUUGAGACAGUGUUGGGUUUAGAAGAAGCAGAGAAGUUCUUCAAAAGUAUCCCUUCAAAUAUGAGGGAUUACUCAGUCUACUCCACGCUCUUAACCUCUUACACGAGAUCUGACAAUGUGAAACCCGACAUUGUCACUGCAAACACUGUUUUGAAGGUCGAUGUAAAGGCGAUAAAGAUGUUUAUGAGAACGUUGGUUGAAGGAAUCAAACUGCAGAGAGACACGAUCUUUGAAAUGGCAAAGGUUUACGUUAGAGUUUGUUCAGAGAUGUAUGGUAACGUGGUACUAGGGAGUGCAAGAGAGGUGCUGCAAACUCUUUGGGACGACUUUAAGAAGAGCGAAGAGGUGUAUCGAACCGCGUUUAGCUCUUUGUCGAAACUUGAUGAUGUAGAAGAAGCUGAGGAUAUAUAUGGAGAGUGGAAAGAAGAUGAACGAGACAUAAGUGAACAGCAGGUUACCAAAAAGUCAAUGAUGCUGUUACAUGUUUUGAAUCUGCUCUUGAUCUGGUUGUUUUGAGUGUUAUGUUGACACACAUUAGUAUCACUCGGCUUCUUAGAUUUAUAUUUUUUUCGGAAAAAGAAUAAUAUUCUCUAAAACCAAAUAUAAUUUGUUUGUUUUGUUCUUUCGUAAAUAAGUGAUGUUCUUCUCUA